AUGACAUUGAUAAACGAAUGCCUGAAUUGCUCUAUUUUCCGAUGGUCGGGACAGUACUACCGACAACUUAGAGGCCUAGCUAUGGGACAAAGGCUGGCACCCACUCUCGCCAUUGUUUUCAUGGCCAAGAUCGAAAAGCCAAUAAUAGACCGGAAACCACUGCUGUAUUAUCGUUACAUAGAUGAUUGCUGCGUCUUCUGCUCAAAACAAGCAGAACUAGACACGUGCUUCAAUCUUCUCGAUCAGCAGUGUCCGAACAUUAGAUUCACAAGGGAGAGACCAAUAGACAACUGGUUGGCUUUCUUGAAUGUGCACAUUUACUUGCGGAAUGGGAUAUGUGAGACUAAGUGGUACCGGAAACCCAGUAGCAAAAACAUCUUAAUCCACUAUCUUUCAGCGCAACCCAGCAAAAUGAAAAAAUCUGUUAUAGGUAACAUGUACAGAACGGCAGCAAGAGUCUUAUCGAGUAGCCAGGAAAAAACAUGGUCUGUAAAUCUGGCCCAUAAAGUAGCAAUAUCCAUUGGGUACCCAGCUGGAAUGGUGCUACCCGACAAGCACGACAUCCCUCUCAAAGAUUAA